CUCCGCCCCCAGGGCGGAGCUUGGCCCCGACGUGAUUGGGGAUGAAUGCUUUGGUGAGACGUGGAGUGGCCCGUGCGGGCAUUCCCUGUAUUUGGAGAGGGAAAUUCUUCAGCUCCGGGAAUGAGCCGGCAGAAAGCCACCAGGUGACGCCGAUGCUGCGGCAUCUUAUGUAUAAAAUAAAGUCUACAGGUCCCAUCACUGUGGCAGAGUACAUGAAGGAGGUUUUGACCAACCCAGCCAAGGGCUAUUAUGUGCAUCACGAUAUGCUAGGAGAAAAAGGAGACUUCAUAACCUCACCUGAAAUAAGUCAGAUCUUUGGGGAGCUCCUAGGGAUAUGGUUCGUUAGUGAAUGGAUGAGCUCUGGAAAAAGUACAACUUUCCAGCUGGUGGAGCUGGGCCCAGGCCGGGGUACCCUCACUGGAGAUAUUUUGAGGGUGUUCAGUCAGCUUGGGUCUGUGCUAAAAAACUGCGACAUUUCAAUCCACCUCGUAGAGGUGAGCCAAAAGUUAAGUGAGAUUCAAGCACUGACACUGACGGAGGAGAAGCUCCCCUUGGAGAGAGAUGCUGACUCCCUGGUGUACAUGAAAGGUGUCAGCAAGUCUGGGAUUCCAGUCUCCUGGUACCGGGAUCUGAAGGAUGUCCCUAAAGGAUACAGCUUUUAUCUCGCACAUGAGUUUUUCGAUGUUCUUCCCGUGCAUAAGUUUCAGAAAACACCACAAGGAUGGAGAGAAGUGCUUGUUGAUAUCGACCCACGGGUUUCUGAUAAGCUGAGGUUCGUCCUGGCGCCUUGUGCAACCCCAGCAGAAGCCUUCAUACAACACGAUGAGAAAAGGGACCAUGUAGAAGUCUGCCCCGAAGCUGGGAUCAUCAUACAGGAGCUGGCUCAGCGCAUUGCACUCACUGGAGGCGCUGCCCUGAUUGCUGACUACGGUCACGAUGGAACCAAGACAGACACCUUCCGAGGCUUCUGUGGACACCAGCUUCAUGAUGUCUUAAUUGCUCCUGGAACAGCCGACCUGACAGCGGACGUGGACUUCAGUUAUCUGCGCAGAAUGGCCCAGGGAAAAGUAGCUUCUCUGGGUCCAGUAGAGCAACGGACAUUUUUAAAAAACAUGGGCAUUGAUGUCCGGCUGAAGGUUCUUUUAGAUAACGCAGAUGAGGCAUCCGUGAAGCAGCAGUUACUUCGGGGGUAUGAUAUGUUAAUGAACCCUCAGAAGAUGGGAGAAAGAUUCAACUUCUUUGCCUUGCUACCUCAUCAGAGACUUCAUGGCGCGAGUCAAGAAAGGAAUGGCCGACAGUCAAAAACCCCCACGUCAUCUGUGGCUGGGUUUGAUGAACUUGUUUGGCAGUGAUAGUUCAACUUGGACUUUUUAUACCUCAGUGUGCUUUAAAAGUCAAAAUAAAAGAAACUCAUUUUGUACAUUGAA